AGUGCUUGGAGGAGCUGGGUUGUCUCAUUGGCUUUUACGGCAUGUCUGUCUGCCAGCCGACUGCCGCCAAGUCCCUCAAAGAGAUCGCUGUACACAUCGGAGAUCGAGACACGUCCGUCCGCAACACAGCCCUCAACACCAUGGUGACUGUCUACAACGUCUGCGGGGAGCAAGUCUACAAACUCAUCGGCAAUGUAGGUUUCACGCCGCAGUCUAUCACUCUUUAAAUCGUUAUGUGGGUGUGGUUUGUAUCUAGAAAUGUGAGGCAACACACAUACACAUUGUCACUUCCAGCACCACAUCUAUCAACAGCAUAACGGAGUUGAGGUAGAUACUUACCCAGAUACACAGGCCAUCUGACCCGCCAUCCACCAUCAGAUACAGACUUGUCAUGUUAAAACAGGGGUGUUAAAGAUGGGGCCCGCGGCCACAAGUCGAUUCAAUGUUGGUGGUUUGAGUAAAAAAUAAUAUGUAUGUAUGUGUAUAUGUUGUUGGUCCAUUACAUUUCUACAUGGCAAUUUUGAGUGCCUUGCUUUGAAAAUAACAGCACUCCUCCAGCCUGACUUAACUGUCUCUCCCUUGUAUGUUUAGAGAAGCCGUUGCCCAUGUGCAAACAAAUACAUGCCAACAUUGAUCACACUGUCCAUUUUAUGUUCCUGUGUGGAUUUUUUGUAUUCUGUUAAAUUCUUGCCAUUCAAAUUAGGGGUGUGAAUGUUAAAACGAAAUUGGGAUCCUUAACAUUCAGAAAAAUCCCUAACAGAAAAACAAUAUAUAUAUAUUUUUUAUCACAGUGCAGCUGGGCUCGCCUGCGCUUUCUCUUCACUAAUGAUGCGAGAGUGUUUCAUCUUCGGUCUGUUCCGUGUAGAAUAUCUUAGCCUAUUAAUUGAUGAUAAGCCUUCCUUUACUGAAGUUGCAGGACAUUGCAAGCCAAGAAAUCUACUGUGCCCCUCCCCUCUCUCUGUCCCUCGCUAGCUCGCUAUGAAAGAUGCAAGUGUUUUGUGUUCUUGGAAGUACUAAUCAGUCUUCUCCGUUCCAAAAAUACUGACUCUUAAGAGUCGAUUCCUAGCAGAAGAUGUUUUCUUUAUACUAAAUGUCUUGGUAAGUCACAGUAUUUAACUAACUUUAAAGUACUUUCUUAGGAGAGUGGUAUGUGCGCAAGCAGCUCGAUUAUUUGAUUGACAAUUCUGGUCGCCUAGUGAUGGACGUUAAUUCCGCUUCUGAAGUGGGACUCCUUUACAGACAAGUAAAAUGCCCGUUCAUCUCAGAAGGUUUCGUGUUGGCAUUUAAAAAGUCGUAGUGUAACCUUGCAGACAAACAUGCCGUAGGCAAGGCAUUUUCAAGGAUCUAUGACUGCGGUCGAUAUAACUUCAUUGCCUGGCCCUAGCGGUCAUAUUCGUAAUGGGACCAUUAUUCUGCAUUGUGUAUUGACAUGGAAUUUUAUGGCGGUUUAAACCUUAAGCACAAUUGUAAAUUUGUCACAUCCCUAAUUCAAAUGAUCUGCAUACAAGUGUUGGUGUCGUUUCAUCCUACUACGUGUUUGAGGGGAUCGGUUGGUGCAAGGCUCUGCACAGGUUUGUCAAUGAUUCCGCGCAGUCCGACUGCUGUGUAGUCAUUGUCGAUCUGUCCGACUGCGCAAAAUCACUGCUCUACAAUGACUACACUACAGUCGGACUGUGGAGUCUGACUGCAGUGUAGUACAUCUCAAACACGCGCUUCGUCCUCUUUAGCUGUCGGAGAAGGACAUGAGCAUGUUGGAGGAGAGGAUCAAACGCUCAGCAAAGAAGACCCCAGCCUCCACAGCCCCUACCCCCAAACAGGGGGAGGAGAAGGCUCUGCCUGCUCACUCCAAUGCCAGCCUCCUACUGAAGCCCUCCAACAGAGUGCAGCCCCCUAUAAAACUCAGGUACGCAACGUUCCCCUCAAUUAAUCUGUACCAAGAAUACUUUACUUAUAUCUCGAACUGUAUUCUCUUCACCCACCUUUUCACUUACAUUUUCUACUACCUUAUCUGACUGCGUUCCUUUAACAUUGAAAUAAAAUAAUUUCACAGAAAGAUGAAAGCUUUGAGUGGGUCAAUUUAAGUAAUACUGGCACAGACAUGAUUUCAAAUGUUUUGCUUUUUUGUCCGCCCUUAACUUAUAUUCUCCUCCCCCUUCCAGUCAGAUCCGUCUGAAUACCCUGGUCCAGUCCCAGCAGGCUGAGCCCUCCCAUGUUAUCCCUGUUGGGGAGUUCCAUCUGGACCUGGAGCUGCUGGAGCAGCUGGAGAGUGACCACACCUCUGAUGAGCUGCCUGACCUGGUGCAACACCAACUAGAUAACCUGCUGGACUCCGUUAUCAUCCCAGAGCCCAAGUAAGAGGUUACCACACAAACACACCUCUGUCAGCAUGCUGCCUGACCUAGUGCAAAAUAAACACACAGGUAUUCGGACACACCUUCAAAUGAGUGGAUUCGGCUAUUUCAGCCAGUGCCCAACCUCACUAAUGCUCCUGUGGCUGAAUGGAAGCAAGUCCCAGCAGCAAUGUUCCAACAUCAAGUGGAACGCCUUCCCAGAAGAGUGGAGGCUGUUAGAGCAGCAAAGAGGGGACCAACUCCAUAUUAAUGCCCAUGAUUUUGGAAUGAGAUGUUUGACGAGCAGGUGUCCACAUACUUUUGGUCAUGUAGUGUAGCUCAUAGCCCAGGUCUGAGUUGAUAAACUCUGCAACUCUUGCCCAAGCAAGUAACAUACCCAUUCACCCACUACAUGUCAGAGCCCAAGCACUUCAGCACUGUGCCUCUGUCGUCCUGUGCCUCAGUGAUGAUGUACUUCCUCCCCAGGCUCCGCCCAGUUCCCGCCAACUUUGAUGAGCUGCACGCAGGCCCCUCCUCCACCAUCAACCUGGUUAUCUCCCAGGUGGCCUCUGGAGAUAUUAACACUAGCAUGCAGGCCCUUGCACAGGUACACACAUAGUUAAUCUCUCUUCUACAACGCCAAUGUCCAACUCCAAAGUGUAUUAGUGUAUUUGUAUACACAGAUGUGCUAUGGUGUGUGUGUGUGCGCCUGGAUGAAGCUAUACACUCAUGAAUGCACCCACAUGCUCACCUAUCUCUCUUCUCCUCAUCCUCUCACUCACACAGUUGUAUUUCCAUUACCUUCUCUCCUCUCCCCCUGUAGAUAGACGAGGUGCUUCGUCAGGAGAGCAGGGCGGAGGUGAUGGUUGGUCACAUAGACCAGUUCCUCAUCGCUACCUCCCUCCAGCUCCGUCUGGCCCACAGCACACACAUGGCUGACACACGCCUUCCCAAGGAGGACAUCUUCAAACUCUACAGCUGUGCCAUUGGAAACAUGCUUACAGUGAGUACUGGAUGAAAGGUGUGUGUUAGGGAUGUCAUACGAUAUAAAAAUGAAUUGCAUUAAUAGCAUGAUUUGCUGUAAUUGAGAAUUCUUAAUUUGAGAAAUUGUUCAUAUUUGGCCCUAAUUAAACAUUUUCCAUUGGGUUGUAGGUACAAUAUACACUAUAUAUGCAAAAGUAUGUGGACACCCCUUCAAAUGGGUGGAUUCGGCUAUUUCAGCCACACCCGUUGCUGACGGGAAUAAAAUCGAGCACACAGCCAUGCAGUCUCCAUAGACAAACAUUGGCAGUAGAAUGGCCCGUACUGGAGAGCUCGUGACUUUCAACGUGGCACCGUCAUAGGAUGCGACCUUUCCAACAAGUCAGUUUGUCAAAUUUCUGCCCUGCUAGAGCUGCCCCGGUCAACUGUAAGUGCUGUUAUUGUUAAGUGGAAAUGUCUAGGAGCAACAACUACUCAGCCACAAAGUGGUAGGCCACACAAGCUCACAGAAUGGUACCGCCAAGUGCUGAAGACCAUAGCGCGUAAAAAUCGUCUGUCCACCGUUGCAACACACUCAGUACAGAGUUCCAAACUGCCUCUGGAAACAACGUCCUCGCAAUAGCUGUUCGUCGGCAGCCGCACACAAGCCUAAGAUCUCCAUGCGCAAUGCCAAGCAUCGGCUGGAGUGGUGUAAAGCUCACUGCCAUUGGAAUCUGGAGUGAUGAUUCACGCUUCACCAUCUGGCAGUCCGACUGACGAAUCUGGGUUUGGCGGAUGCCAGGAUAACACUUACCUGCCCGACUGCAUAGUACCAACUGCACAGAGCCCUGACCUCAACCCCAUUGAACACCUUUGGGAUGAAUUAGAACGCCGACUGCGAACCAGGCUUAAUCUCCCAACUUCAGUGCCCGACCUCAUAAUGUGCUUGUGGCUGAAUGGAAGCAAGUCCUUGCAGCAAUGUUCCAACAUCUAGUGGAAAGCCUUCCCAGAAGAGUGGAGGCUGUUAUAGCAGCAAAGGGGGUACCAGCUCCAUGUUAAUGCACAUGAUUUUGGAAUGAGAUGUUCGACGAGCAGGCGUCCACAUACAUUUGGUCAUGUAGUGUAUUUUUAUUAUAGGGGAAGAAAACUAAAACUGUAUUCUAAGACAUCUCAGCCAGAUCUGAUAGAAAAUAUCAUACAGCUAUUAUAGGUUAUCCAUGUUCUUCAACUUGUACUAGUUACAAGGUCCUACUGUACUACAAUUGGAAUCAUUUGCCUAAAGGGUUGAAGGUAGAGGAGGCCUCUCCCUCUCUUGUUGCUUGGGAGUGGAGCUCUGGUUUUGCACAAGGGGAAUUAGUGAUUUACUGAAGCCUUGCAUCACGACAGGGGUCCUGGCUGCUCUCCCUCAUCCAGCCUUCACACGUCCGCAUCGGUUAUUGCCUGCUUUUGUCUGGCCACUGUAUGGCCAAAGGCUCGCCCCAUGUUGUUUGCGUGCUGUCCUGCUGUGCUCUGUAGACCUAGUGAAGGAAAAGCUGCCGAAAAGUGCUCAACAUUUACAUUUUAGUCAUUUAGCAGACGCUCUUAUCCAGAGCGACUUACAGUUAGUGAGUGCAUACAUUAUUUUUUUAAUUUUAUGUGGGAACUCCUUCAAGACUGUUGGAAAAGCAUUCCAGGUGAAGCUGGUUGAGAGAAUGCCAAGAGAAUGCCAAGAGUGUGCAAAGCUGUCAUCAAGGCAAAGGGUGGCUAUUUGAAGAAUCUCAAAUAUAAAAUAUAUAUUUUGAUUUAACACUUUUUUUGGUUACUACAUGAUCCCAUAUGUGUUAUUUCAUAGUUUUGAUGUCUUCAUUAUUAUUCUACAAUGUAGAAAAUAGUAAAAAAUUAAGAAACCCUUGAAUGAGUAGGUGUUCUAAAACAUAAUAAAAAAAAUAUACAGUGAGGGGGAAAAAAGUAUUUGAUCCCCUGCUGAUUUUGUACGUUUGCCCACUGACAAAGACAUGAUCAGUCUAUAAUAAAUAAUGGUAGGUUUAUUUGAACAGUGAGAGACCGAAUAACAACAACAAAAUCCAGAAAAACGUGUGUCAAAAAUGUUAUAAAUUGAUUUGCAUUUUAAUGAGGGAAAUAAGUAUUUGACCCCCUCUCAAUCAGAAAGAUUUCUAGCUCCCAGGUGUCUUUUAUACAGUUAACGAGCUGAGAUUAGGAACACACUCUUAAAGGGAGUAAUCCUAAUCUCAGUUUGUUACCUGUAUAAAAGACAGCUGUCCACAGAAGCAAUCAAUCAAUCAGAUUCCAAACUCUCCACCAUGGCCAAGACCAAAGAGCUCUCCAAGGAUGUCAGGGACAAGAUUGUAGACCUACACAAGGCUGGAAUGGGCUACAAGACCAUCGCCAAGCAGCUUGGUGAGAAGGUGACAACAGUUGGUGCGACUAUUCGCAAAUGGAAGAAACACAAAAGACCUGUCGGUCUCCCUCGGCCUGGGGCUUCAUGCAAGAUCUCACCUCGUGGAGUUGCAAUGAUCAUGAGAACGGUGAGGAAUCAGCCCAGAACUACACGGGAGGAUGUCUCCCGAGUGGCGCAGUGGUCUAAGGCACUGCAUCGCAAUGCUAGCUGUGCCACUAGAGAUCCUGGUUCGAAUCCAGGCUCUGUCGUAGCCGGCCGCGACCGGGAGACCCAUGGGGCGGCACACAAUUGGCCCAGCGUCGUCCAGGGUAGGGGAGGGUAUGGCCGGCAGGGAUGUAGCUCAGAUGGUAGAGCAUGGCGUUUGCAACGGCAGGGUUGUGGGUUCGAUUCCCACGGGGGGCCAGUAUGAAAAAAAUAAAAAUGUAUGCACUCACUAACUGUAAGUCGCUCUGGAUAAGAGCGUCUGCUAAAUGACUAAAAUAUAAAACAUUUAAAAUCUUGUCAAUGAUCUCAAGGCAGCUGGGAUCAUAGUCACCAAGAAAACAUUUGGUAACACACUACGCCGUGAAGGACUGAAAUCUUGCAGUGCCUGCAAGGUCCCCCUGCUCAAGAAAGCACAUAUACAUGCCCGUCUGAAGUUUGCCAAUGAACAUCUGAAUGAUUCAGAGGAGAACUGGGUGAAAGUGUUGUGGUCAGAUGAGACCAAAAUGGAGCUCUUUGGCAUCAACUCAACUCGCCGUGUUUGGAGGAGGAGGAAUGCUGCCUAUGACCCCAAGAACACCAUCCCCACCGUCAAACAUGGAGGUGGAAACAUUACGCUUUGGGGGGGGGGGUUCUGCUAAGGGGACAGGACAACUUCACCACAUCAAAGGGACGAUGGACGGGGCCAUGUACCGUCAAAUCUUGGGUGAGAACCUCCUUCCCUCAGCCAGGGCAUUGAAAAUGGGUCGUGGAUGGAUAUUCCAGCAUGACAAUGACCCAAAACACACGGCCAAGGCAACAAAGGAGUGGCUCAAGAAGAUGCACAUUAAGGUCCUGGAGUGGCCUAGCCAGUCUCCAGACCUUAAUCCCAUAGAAAAUCUGUGGAGGGAGCUGAAGGUUCGAGUUGCCAAACGUCAGCCUUGAAACCUUAAUGACUUGGAGAAGAUCUGCAAAGAGGAGUGGGACAAAAUCCCUCCUGAGAUGUGUGCAAACCUGGUGGCCAACUACAAGAAACGUCUGACCUCUGAUUGUCAACAAGGGUUUUGCCACCAAGUACUAAGUCAUGUUUUGCAGAGGGGUCAAAUACUUAUUUCCCUCAUUACAAUGCAAAUAGAUUUAUAACAUUUUUGACAUGCGUUUUUCUGGAUUUUUUUGUUGUUAUUCUGUCUCUCACUGUUCAAAUAAACCUACGAUUAAAAUUAUAGACUGAUCAUGUCUUUGUCAGUGGGCAAAUGUACAAACUCAGCAGGGGAUCAAAUACUUUUUUCCCUCACUGUAUUUCUCAAAGCUAAGGAUCCGGAUCACGUUCUGCGCAUGUGUUAUUACGUAGCUGCUGCACACACUCCCACUCCCUUUGUUUCUCUUUACUCACCCUCUUCUGAACCAUGAUGGUGUAGCCUAUAUGUAUGUCUCUGCCUCGUAUUUCUGAACAGUUGAAAUAAAAACCUUGUGGCGAUUUGAACAAGCAUUCCAAUAUAUAGAUGGAUAGAUCGAUUAUAUUAUGAAGGCUAUACAACCAGUCUGUUGUAAUGGAUAUUGCCGUUGCACAAGCAGGACACUGUCCCUACACAUUGCAUUGGAGCAAAAACAGUCAAUCAACUCCAAUUUUGUUUGUCACAUACACAUGUUUAGCAGAUGUCAUUGCAGGUGUAGUGAAAUGCUUUUUUUGUGGUGUAGGCUAAUCUUUAUAGUUGCUGCCAUAUCGUAGCCACUAGCCAGAGUUCCUGAAAAAUGAACACUACUACUUUGACUGCAUGUCUGCCUCCUGCUAGUCAAUGGUUGCAAUGAUGAUAAAAAAAUAAAAUUAAAUCGCUAAUUAUACUGUGUGUCUGUGUCUCGCUUAUGUUUGAUAUCCUGCCUAGAUAACUGCAUGUAACGCCCCACUUGAGUUUUGCAACUGCGUUUUAACCACACACGGGCCCUACUAUCUGCUAUUUCGCUUCUCAAUGAUCAUGCAAGUCCCACACGAGUAGGCUACCUAGCUGUUCCGCCUCUGGGCAGCCGAACAUGUAUCCGGACCUAUAACCAGUCUGACAAUGGGCAAGUUUGUUUUGCAUAGCCCUGUGCACUAUUAUUCCCUAUGUCGUUUGUCACCUACUGCUUUAACCUGCCUACUAUUUGUGAUGAUUAUCUUAAUAGUAUGCUGCCAUAUCAUAACGAGAGUUGCUGAAAAAAGAACGAGCCAAUGCUUGCAAUGAUGAGAAAAUAACAUUGCAUCGCUAUUUUGACUGCCUAUCUGUUUUGCUUGUUUGAUAUGCUUGCCUAAAUAUCUACAUGUAACUCAGCAGCUAAGAAGAACAUAAUCGCUAGACUGCCUGUGUGUCGUGCUUAUGUUUGCAAUACUCGGGUUAAAGGUCUCCAUCACUGCAAUGGAUUUCUGUCAUGGAUUCUGGAAGUUGUUUUUGAGACCAGUGUAGAUCUGCAAUGAAAAUCUCAGGGGGGGGUGGUGGCUGGUUUGACAGCCUAAUACCGAAGCAUGACUGUUUAUUCCCGAAGUCAAUGUGCGGGGGCACCGGUUAGUCGAUGUAAUUGAAGUAAUAUGUACAUGUGGGUAGAGUUAAAGUUACUAUGCAUAGAUAAUAAACAGAGUAGCAGCAGCGUAAAAGAUGGGGUGGGGGGGACAAUGCAAAUAGUCUGGGUAGCCAUGAUUAUGGCUUGAGGGUAGAAGCUGUUAAAAAUCAGUUUGGACCUAGACAUGGCGCUUCGGUACCGCUUGCUGUGCGGUAGCAGAGAGAACAGUCUAUGACUAGGGUGGCUGGAGUCUGACAAUUUUUAGGGCCUUCCUCUGACACCGCCUGGUAUAGAGGUCCUGGAUGGCAGGAAGCUUGGCCCCAGUGAUGUACUGGGCCGUACGCACUACCCUCUGUAGUGCCUUGCGGUCGGAGGCCGAGCAGUUGCCAUACCAGGCGGUGAUGCAACCAGUCAGGAUGCUCUCGCUGGUGCAGCUAUAUAACUUUUUGAGGAUCUUUGACCCAUGCCAAGUCUCCUGAGGGGGAAUAGGCUUUGUCAUGCCCUCUUCAUGACUGUCUUGGUGUGUUUGGACCAUGAUAGUUUGUUGGUGAUGUGGACACCAAGGAACUUGAAGCUCUCAACCAGUUCCACUACAGCCCCGUCGAUGAGAAUGGGGGCAUGCUCAGUCCUCUUUUUUUCCUGUAGUCCACAAUCAUCUCCUUUUUCUUGAUCACGUUGAGGAGAGGUUGUUAUCCUGGCACCACACGGCCAGGUCUCUGACCUCCUCCCUAUAGGCUGUCUCAUCGUUGUCUGUGAUCAGGCCUCCCACAGUUGUCGUCGGCAAACUUAAUGAUGGUGUUGGAGUCGUGCCUGGCCAUGCAGUCAUGGAUGAACGGGAGGGGACUGAGCACGCACCCCUGAGGGGCCCCCGUGUUGAGGAUCAGCGUAUCAGUAUUGUUACCUACCCUAUAGUAGAAUAGUUUACCUACUUACCUAGUCAGCUUGUGUGUUCUAUGCAAGAUAAAUAAUCCUCUAGAGGCGCAUUCAAGUUGCGAGAGCCAUGGGGAGGGAAACGUAUUCUGACAAGCAGGGGAAACAAAUCGUAAUGCAUUCGUGGGAAAACACUUCAAAGCAGUUUGGACUUUUGUUAAAAAGAGGGAGGUCCCAGUUUUCCAUUGCUGACUUAUUUAUUUACUCCUUCAAUUGUGCGAGUGGCAUUGUUUUACGAAUGCAGUUAGAAUUGGAGUUUCAUGCAUGGUUUAGACUUAGAGAUUGUAGUUGAGUGGGCAGCAGUUAUGUACGGGAAAAAAAUCCUGCACAUGCAGAGAAAUCUCUCAUUAGCUAUGGCAAGAAAAUCCGGAACUGCAGCCACUUAUUUUUAUUAAACUGCAACAUAGAUAGCCAUGAAUUUCACAAACAUGGUUGUAGCUAUUUAAAUCAUUGCCCAUUCCUGUUUUUUGUUUUGUUUAGUUCAUCUUUAAGAUUUAGAAAUUGGUCUGUUUAGGUCUUUCACAUAGACUUAAAGCGAUUGUAGUUGAGUAAUUUGGACUGUGUUCAGCCACACAGUACACUGCUUUUAAGAUGAAUGAGAGUAAGACUAAAACAACUUAUUCACACCUUAUUUCCAUCAGGGGCUGUUAAUAUAAUAGUGUACAUUAUACCUUAUCUCCCUAGUUGUUUGGUGUGGCACGGCUGGCGAGGGAAGCCUCCAUGGGGGUGCUAAAGGACCUGGUCCAGGGUCUGGUGACAGUUCUGCUGGACCCCCGGAUAGAGGAGAGCCAGGAGGGACAACAGCUCAUCCGCUCUGUUAACAUGCUGCUGAGACGACUCUUCGAGGGCUCAGACCAGACCAACAUACUCAGGUGUGUGUGUAUGUGUCAGUGGAGGAAGGGGAGGACAAUCAUACUCGGUGAAUUUCAUAAAAAUAGUGAAACAUUAAAGGUAUCCUUUUUAGUUAAAACGACUAAAUAUAUUCACGUCAACAAAUAACUGAUUUAAAAAAACUGUUUUGCAAUGACGGUCUACAGUAGCCUCAACAGCACCCUCUAGGGUAGCACCAUGGUGUAGCUGGAGGACAGAUAGUUUCCGUCCUCUGGGUACAUUGACUUCAAUACAAAACCUAGGAGGCUCAUGGUUCUCACACUCUUCCAUAGACUUACACAGUGAUUUAUGACGACUUCCGGAGGAUGUCCUCCAACCUCAGAGCUCUUGCCGUAUGAACUGACAUGUUGUCCAUCCAAUCAAAUGAUCAGAGAAUGAAUCUAAACUCAGCAGAAAAAGAAACGACCCUGUCUUUCAAAGAUGAUUUGUAAAAAUCCAAAUAACUUCACAGAUCUUCUUCAUUGUAAAGGGUUUAAACACUGUUUCCCAUGCUUGUUCAAUGAACCAUAAACAAUUAAUGAACAUGCACCUGUGGAACGGUCAUUAAGACACUAACAGCUUACAGACGGUAGGCAAUUAAGGUCAGAGUUAUGAAAACUUAGGACACUAAAGAGGCCUUUCUACUGACUCUGAAAAACACCAAAAAAAAGAUGCCCAGGGUCCCUGCUCAUCUGCGUGAACGUGCCUUAGGCAUGCUGCAAGGAGGCAUGUGGACUGCAGAUGUGGCCAGGGCAAUAAAUGGCAAUGUCCGUACUGUGAGAUGCCUAAGACAGCACUACAGAGAGACAGGACGGACAGCUGAUUGUCCUCACCGUGACAGACCACGUGUAACACCUGCACAGGAUGGGUACAUCCGAACAUCACACCUGCGGGACAGGUACAGGAUGGCAACAACAACUGCCCGAGUUACACCAGGAAUGCACAAUCCCUCCAUCAGUGCUCAGACUGUCGGCAAUAGGCUGAGCGAGGCUGGACUGAGGGCUUUUAGGCCUGUUGUAAGGCAGGUCCUCACCAGACAUCACCGGCAACAACGUCGCCUAUGGGCACAAACCCACCGUCACUGGACCAGACAGGACUGGCAAAAAGUGCUCUUCACAGACGAGUCGCGGUUUUGUCUCAACGGGGGUGAUGGUCGGAUUCGCGUUUAUCGUCGAAGGAAUGAGCGGGAUCGAUUUGGAGGUGGAGGGUCCGUCAUGGUCUGGGGCGGUGUAUCAUCCUGAUAUGACCCUCCAGCGUGACAAUGCCACCAGCCAUAUUGCUCGUUCUGUGUGUGAUUUCCUGCAAGACAGGAAUGUCAGUGUUCUGCCAUGGCCAGCGAAGAGCCCUGAUCUCAAUCCCAUUGAGCGCAUUUUUGGACCUGUUGGAUCGGAGGGUGAGUGCUAGGGCCAUUCCCCCCAGAAAUGUCAGGGAACUUGCAGAUGCCUUGGUGGAAGAGUGGUGUAGCAUCUUACAGCAAGAACUGGCAAAUCUGGUGCAGUCCAUGAGGAGGAGAUGCACUGCAGUACUUAAUGCAGCUGGUGGCCACACCAGAUACCCCCCCCCCCCCCCUUUGUUCAGUGACACAUUAUUCAAUUUCUGUGGAACUUGUUCAGUUUAUGUCUGUUGAAUCUUGUUAUGUUCAUACAAAUAUUUACACAUGUUAAGUUUGCUGAAAAUAAACUAAUUUGACAGAGAGGACGUUUCUGUUUAGUACUAAAAGCAUAAGCUACAGCGAGACAAUAGUUGAACAGUUUUUAACAAAUUAAUUUCUUCAAAUAUUAAGGACAAGCAGCAGCAAGAGCUAGCUAUAUAUAUAUAUAUAUAUUUUCCUUCGUUCAUUUGGCCUACUCAACAACCUGACUCUGAGAGGAAUGAUAUACAGUACCAGUCAAAAGUUUGGACAGGGUUUUUCUUUAUUUUUACUAUUUUCUACAUUGUAGAAUAAUAGUGAAGACAUCAAAACUAUGAAAUAACACAUUGAAUCAUGUAGUAACCAAAAAAGUGUUAAACAAAUCAAAAUAUAUUUUAUAUUUGAGAUUCUUCAAAUAGCCACCCCUUGCCUUGAUGACAGCUUUGCACACUCUUGGCAUUCUCUCAACCAGCUUCAUGAGGUAGUCUCCUGGAAUGCAUUUCAAUUUACAGGUGUGCCUUCUUAAAAGUUAAUUUGUGGAAUUUCUUUCCUCCUUUAUGUGUUUGAGCCAAUCAGUUGUGUUGUGACAAGGUAGGGGUGGUAUACAGAAGAUUGCCCUAUUUGGUAAAAGACCAAGUCCAUAUUAUGGCUUGAACAGCUCAAAUAAGCAAAGAUAAACGUCAGUCCAUCAUUACUUUAAGACAUGAAGGUCAGUCAAUCUGGAACAUUUCAAGAACUUUGAAAGUUUCUUCAAGUGCAGUCGCAAAAACCAUCAAGCGCUAUGAUGAAACUGGCUCUCAUGAGGACCACCACAGGAAAGGAAGACCCAGAGUUACCUCUGCUGCAGACGAUAAGUUCAUUAGUUACCAGCCUCAGAAAUUGCAGCCCAAAUAAUGCUUCAGAGUUCAAGUAACAGACACAACUCAACAUCAACUGUUUAGAGGAGACUGCGUGAAUCAGGCCUUCAUGGUCGAAUUGCUGCAAAGAAACCACUACUAAAGGACACCAAUAAGAAGACGCUUGGGCCUUGAAACACGAGCAAUGAACCUUAGACCGGUGGAAAUCUGUCCUUUUGGUCUGAUGAGUCUUGAUUUUUGGUUCCAACCGCCGUGUCUUUGUUAUACGCAGAGUAGGUGAACGGAUAAUCUCAGAAUGUGUGGUUCCCACCGUGAAGCAUGGAGGAGGUGGUGUGGGGGUGCUUUGCUGGUGACACUGUCUCUGAUUUAUUUAGAAUUCAAGGCACACUUAACCAGCAUGGCUACCACAGCAUUCUGCAGCGAUACGCCAUCCCAUCUGGUUUGCGCUUAGUGGGACUAUCAUUUGUUUUUCAACAGGACAAUGACCCAGCACACCUCCAGGCUGUGUAAGGGCUAUUUAACCAAGAAGGAGAGCAAUGGAGUGCCACAUCAGAUGACCUGGCCUCCACAAUCACCCAACCUCAACCCAAUUGAGAUGGUUUGAGAUGAGUUGGACUGCAGAGUGAAGGAAAAGCAGCCAACAAGUGCUCAGCAUAUGUGAGAACUCCUUCAAGACUGUUGGAAAAGCAUGGUUUAGAGAAUUCCAAUAAUUUUUUAAGCUGUCAUCAAGGCAAAGGGUGGCUACUUUGAAUAAUCUAAAAUCUAAAAUAUAUUUUGAUUUGUUUAACACUUUUUUAGUUACUACAUGAGUCCAUGUGUUAUUUAAUAGUUUUGAUGUCCUCACUAUUAUUCUACAAAAAUAAAGAAAAACCCUUGAAUGAGUAGGUGUUUCCGAACUUUUGACUGGUACUGCAUAUGUUAGCUUGCUAUCAAGCACUGUAACUUCCAAGUCAAGGUAAGCUUCCGGUUGUAUUAAUUAUUGUCACCGGGGCUGGCCAGUGUAACUGCUAAACUACACAGAUUGGAUUGUGGGUUUACUAACACGUUUAGUUCUAGUUUGUUGGCUAACAAUAUGGUGACAACAAUUUAGGCUGGUUAGCCAUUAUGAUAUGAAGGUUUGGCUUGGAUAGGUUUUUGCGACUGGUCAGACGGUUGAUUUUAGAUUUGUUGUGUUGUGCACUGAAGUCCACAAGUGAAGGGAAAAGGUGAGGAGGAAAGCGCGUAGAUGCAAGAAGUAAUUAUACAAUAAGCAAAGUGAUAAUGCUGGAUGUGGCUGCUAUGGAAGUGAACUAUGUGUGCGGGUGAUCAGAGCUAAACGGAAGCAAACAAAAUGUGGAGGGACCUUACCUGAAUUUGUCCAAUAGAAACUCUUGUUUUGCAACUGUUUGAACAAAUGAUUACACCUCAGAUCAGCUAGAUGCAGGCAAGCGUGUUUACAUUUACAUUUUAGUCAUUUAGCAGACGCUCUUAUCCAGAGCGACUUACAGUUAGUGAAUACAUAUAUUAUUAUUUUUUUAUACUGGCCCCCCGUGGGAAUUGAACCCACAACCCUGGCGUUGCAAACGCCAUGCUCUAUCAACUGAGCUACAUCCCUGCCGGCCAUUCCCUCCCCUACCCUGGACGACGCUGGGCCAAUUGUGCGCCGCCCAUGAGUCUCCCGGUCGCGGCCGGCUGCGACAGAGCCUGGAUUCGAACCAGGAUCUCUAGUGGCACAGUUAGCACUGCGAUGCAGUGCCUUAGACCACUGUGCCACUUCAAGGCGGUAUUGAAUGUGUCACUGUCGGUCACCUUGACUACACCAAUUUGUCUCUCGACCUGUGAACCUACGUUAUAAAAUUUCAUUUGUAGGCUAGGUUGUAGCAAUCUCUUGAUUGGUUUAGGGCAAAUUUGAGAAUGAUGUAGUAGCCUAAACCUAUCGCUGUUACUUUGAGCUGGGUGAAUCGAAUAUGAAUGACAGUCAUCCAAUAUGCUGUAAUGGAAAUAAGGCCAUGGUCCCCCCAAAAAAAAAUAGUCUCCCUAAUCUUGAACGGCACCAAAUGCUCUGUGUGUACUGUACGCUGGAGAAAGCAGACCUGUAAGCAUCAAAUAAUUGUAUUAGUUUAUUCAUUUGUAUGAUGUAGAAUUGGAGAGGACUGAUCAGAUGGUCUUCUAGCAGGUACUGUUAUGUUUAUUAAUGUGCUGUCACCGCUUUUUCUCCAGUGCUCUUCUGGUGCUACUGCAGGACAGCCUCCUGUCCUCCGCUUGCUCCCCCAAAUUCUCUGAACUCAUCAUGAAGGUAAAAAUGUUUGGUCCAAUUUGUGAAAAACUGUAUUUAAUUUUUUGUCCACUGUCCUGUGUUUCAAGUUAUUGUCACGUGCACUAGUACAUUGAAAUGCCUUUCUUGCUUGCUCUUUCCCAACAAUGCAGUAAUCAAAUAUCAGUAGUACUAUAAAAAAUUAAGUCAAGUAGAACAAAAACACAGGGUCAGUUCCAGGGUCAGUGCCAAUACCGUAUUUACAAUGUGCAGGGAUACUGGAGUGGUAGGGUAGAUAUGUAUAGGGGUAAGGUGACUGGGCAUCAGGGUAUACGCUGUGUGUACAAAACAUUAAGAACACCUGCUCUUCCCAUGACAUGGUUUUCACCUGGUCAGUCUAUGAUCCCUUAUUGAUGUCACUUGUUAAAUCCGCUUCAAUCAGUGUAGCUGAAGGGGAGGAGACAGGUUAAAGAACGAUUUUUAACCCUUGAGACAUGGAUUGUGUAUGUGUGCCAUUGAGGGUGAAUGGGAAAGACAAAAUAUUUAAGUACCUUUUGAAUAGGGUGUGGUAGUAGGUGCCAGGCGCACUGGUUUGAGUGUCAAGAACUGCAACGCAGCUGGGUUUUUCACGCUCAACAAUUUCCAUGUGUAUCAAGAAUGGUCCACCACCCAAAGGACAUCCAGCCAACUUGACUCAACUGUGGGAAGCGUUGGAGUCAACAUGGGCCAGCAUCCCUGUGGUCCUCUGUAGCUCAGCUGGUAGAGCACGGCGCUUGUAACGCUAAGGUAGUGGGUUCGAUCCCCGGGACCACCCAUACACAAAAAAUGUAUGCACGCAUGACUGUAAGUCGCUUUGGAUAAAAGCGUCUGCUAAAUGGCAUAUUAUUAUUAUUAUUAUUACUGUGGAAUGCUUUCGACACCUUGCAGAGUCAUGACCUGACAAAUUGAGGCUUUUCUGAGGGCAAAAGGGGUGUGUGUGUGGGGAGGGGUUGCGCGCACAACUCAAUUCAGUGUUAGGAAGGUGUUAUUAAUGUUUUGUAUACUCAGUGUAUGAUAAACAGAGUAGCAGCAGUGUAUAUGAUGAUUGUAUGUCAGUGUGUGCGUGCGUGUUGUGUCAGUAUGAAUGUGUGUGUGUGAGCAAAUUAAGUGUGUGUGUGUAGAGUGUGCAUGGAGUGUGUGUGUGUGUGUGUGUGCGCAAAAAGUGCAAAAGUUAAAUGGAAAGGUCAAUGCAGAUGUCAAUGUAGCCAUUUUGUUAGCUAUUUAGCAGUCUUAUGGCUUGAGGAUAGAAGCUGUUCAGGGGUCUAUUGGUGUCAGACUUGAUUCUCCGGUACCGCUUGCUGUGUGGAAGCUGAGAGAACAGGCUAUGGCUUGGGUGGCUGGAGUCUUUAACAAUUUUCUGGGCCUUCCUUUCACACCUCCUGAUAUAGAGGUCCUGGAUGGCAGGGAGGUCAGUCCCAGUGAUGUACUUGGUGGUGCGGACAGCCCAGCACAUCACUGGGGCCGAGCUCCCUGCCAUCAAGGACCUGUGUAUGUAAUCUAAACCUCUCUCUCUCUCUGUGUGUAGUGUCUGUGGCGUAUGAUCAGGUUCCUGCCUGAUACCAUAAACCGUCUUAAUCUGGACAAGAUCCUGCUGGAUGUGCACAACUUCAUGAAGCUCUUCCCCAAAGACCGCCUACGGCAGCUCAAGACUGACACGCCCCACCGCACGCUCAAAACUCUGCUACACACACUCUGCCGCCUGGCAGGGCCCACGGUGGGAACACACACACACCAUUAGAUUCCCCUUUGCAUCCUCAUACACUCUCUAUCUAUCUAUCUAAAAGUAUGUGGACACCCUUUCAAAUGACUGGAUUCGGCUAUUUCAGCCACACCUGUUGCUGACAGGUGUAUAAAAUCGAGCACAUGGCCAUGCAAUCUCCAUAGACAAACAUUGGCAGUAGAAUGGCCUUACUGAAGAGCUCCGUGACUUUCAAUGUGGCACCGUCAUAGAAUGCCACCUUUCCAACAAGUCAGUUCAUCAAAUUUCUGCCCAGCUAGAGCUGCCCCGGUCAACUGUAAGUGCUGCCGUUGUGAAGUAUAAACGUCUAGGUGCAACAACUGCUCAGCUGCAAAGUGGCAGGCCACACAAGCUCACAGAACAGAAACGCUGAAGCGCGUAGCGCAUAAAAAUCGUCUGUCCUCGGUUGCAACACUCUCUACCGAGUUCCAAACUGCCUCUGGAAGCAACGUCAGCACAAUAACUGUUCGUCGGGAGCUUAAUGAAAUGGGUUUCCAUGGCCAAGCAGCAGCACACAAGCCUAAGAUCACCAUGUGCAAUGCCAAGUGUUGGCUGGAGUGGUGUAAAGCUUGCCGCCGUUGGACUGUGGAGCAGUGGAAACGCGUUCUCUGGAGUGAUGAAUCGCGCUUCAUCAUCUGGCAGUCCGACGAACAAAUAUGUGUUUGGCGGAUGCCAAGAGAACGCAAACUGCCCCAAUGCAUAGUGCCAACAGUGUUUUUCAUGGUUCGGGCUAGUUCCAGUGACGUGAAAUCUUAACACUACAGCAUACAUUGACAAUCUAGACAAUUCUGUGCGUCCAACUUUGUGGCAACAGUUUGGGGAAGGCCAUUUCCUGUUUCAGCAUGACAAUGCUUCUGGGCACAAAGCGAGGUCCAUACAGAAAUGGUUUGUCAAGAUUGGUGCGGAAGAAUUUGACUGGCCUGCAUAGAGCCCUUACCGCAACUCCAUUGAACACCUUUGGGAUAAAUUGGAACGCCGACUGCGAACCAGGCCUAAUCGCCCGUCAGUGCCCGACCUCACUAAUGCUCCUGUGGCUGAAUGGAAACAAGUCCCCGCAGCAAUAUUCCAACAUCUAGUGGAAAGCCUUCCCAGAAGAGUGGAGACUGUUAUAGGAAAAAAGGGGGUACCAACGCCAUAUUAAUGCCCAUGAUUUUGGAAUGAGAUGUUCGACGAGCAGGUGUCCACAUACUUUUGGUCAUGUAGUGUAAUUUGCUUAUUUAAACACCAUUGGAUUCUCCUUUGCUCCUCAUAAUUUGCUUAUUUUAUAUUUCUGUGCCUUACACCCAACCACACUGGGCGUGUUGCGAGCGUUGCAAAAUAAUUUAACGUGUACAUGUUAUUCAUUACAUGUACACUGCUUGCGCGUGUCAACGACCGUCAGUUGCAAAAUGCUAAAAUAGAACUUGGUUCUAUUUGAGACACUCGGCACAGCCUGUUCCAUCUACUCAUUGGUUUUCACGUUGGGGCUUGGAAGAUGACCGAGGAGAGAUUUAUCAAAGAUAACAAACUAGGUUUCCCCUUUUAUCUGUGGCUUAAUCGUCAGAUUAGAGAAACGCAUGAUUUUGUAUGACUCUGGGUCAAAGUAUACAAAGAUCCGGCCACCAAAAAAAGGACCAUAUGCAUUUCAGGUAAAAUAACACCCCACUGUUAAUUUCCCAGGACACAAACUAGCUAGCUAAAUGUCCAUUAACGUUUCAUGUGUUUCUCCAGCUGCCCCCAAAUUAAUAUAAUUGAUUCACAGUUGGUGUAGAUAUUUUAACCUCUGUAUCAUUAUCACGUCUGGUGUGGGUGGACAAAAUCAACAUAAACAUGAUGGUGCACACGCAGCCAGUUUACUCAGGUUGUUGGCUUUCAUGACAGACCCAUUAUGUCAUGAUUAUAUGCAUGUUCACUGACUUGGCGUGAUACAUUUACUAAAACUUGAUUUAAACAUUAAUCCCAAUAGUUUUUGUUUGUUUUGAGUAUUUGUCUUUUCCACAAACAGAUCCUGGAUCACCUGUCACUUAUCGAGGACAAGAGUGAGUCUGAGUUGGAGGCUCAUCUGAAGAAGGUUGUCAAGUCUGCCAAGACGGAAAGAGAGACUGCACACACGGUACACUCCUACACAUCUAGUUUGUUCACAGGGGCUCUGUUUCCCUCAUGACAGAAAUGGUUCUACAUUUCCAUCAAAGACACUCAAUGCUGCUUGUUACUGAGUAUAAAGCCUCAUUAUAUAUUAUAUCUGUUGUCUCCUAAAAGGUUCACAAAUCAAAGGAUGCAGAGGUGUUGGGGGAGAUCUUCAAAAAUAUAUCUUCCAAGGAGAACAGCAAAGAGGUGAGGUUCAGAUUCCAUGUAAUUACUGUCAGACAAUCUAACCCUAGAACAUAAUCUACAAAAUAUGGGCCUUAGGUUAGGGAUGAGAGGUUUGGCAUCAGCCGUGUGUGUGAGCGGGUCUUCCUACCCAGUGUGAUGGGUCUGGGUUUUUCCAUGCUCUGCCAUAGUGUUUCCCUGACAGCAUGACUCUCUUUAAUUGUGUGUGUGUAGGGUCUGUCUAAGCUGUGGGAGUUUAAGCAGAGACACCCUGAGGUGGACCUUGCCUCCCACCUGAAGAAGCUGCCACAGACCUUUCAGACCUUUGUAGAACACAGCCUGAACACACUCUGCACAGAGAGAGGAGACAAGGCCAGGAUACCAUCCCCCACCACAGGUACACACACAACAGUCCCCUGUAGGUCAUUUGGUAGAGCAUGGCGCUUGCAACGCCAGGGUUGUGGGUUCGUUUCCCACGGGGGGCCAGUAUGAAAAUGUAUGCACUCACUAGCUAAGUCGCUCUGGAUAAGAGCGUCUGCUAAAUGACAGAAAAAACAACAGAGGGGAGGCAUAGAGGAUACAGCCCCUCACAACAGGUGCACACAAAUGCUUCUCAACACCACCUGUUCUAACCUAUUAUUUAUCCUUAUUAGGUGUGGGUCUGGACCCUACUCCUGGCAGAGAGGAGCUCAGACCCUCAGUCUACCAGGAGAGACUCAAGAUACUCCGACAGCUGCACGGCCUGGAGAACGACGCCAAGGUACAGUAUUUGCAGGAAGGGAUACAAAUUUUGGUCAAUUUUGCUGCCGACUAACCAACCCCCAUUAACUGGUGAAUUCUUUAGUCUAAGACGUUGGGGGAGGCGGGGUUGCUAAGCUGACAUGUAGUUGUUUUAAGAUGGUCGUACUAUGAAUCAUUUAGCUAUUUGAUUUAGAAUUGUAUUUAUAAUAAUAUGCCAUUUAGCAGACGCUUUUAUCCAAAGUGACUUAGUCAUGUGUGCAUACAUUUUUAGGUAUAGGUGGUCCCGGGAAUCGAACCCACUACCCUGGCGUUAUAAGCGCCAUGCUUUACCAAUUGAGCUACAGAGGACCACGAUAUUGGUUUUUGGCCUUUACAACUAAAGCCCAAAGAAACGCAUUCAACACAUUCAUAAAUGGCAAAAAGGACACAAAAAAUUGUGUAAUAAGAAACAAGGUGUCUGUCCUAAAUCUAGUAGAUAUAUAUAUUUUGUAAAUCUGGAAAAUUAUUUUUUUUACACAUAUUUAACCCCUUUUUUUGGCUAGGCAUAAAAUACCUUCAUACUUCCAUUUGUUUUUUUAAACCGGUACCGGUUACCUUCAGACGAGUCCCAUGACACUUGUGGGGGUCGUAGAUCAAAACCGAGAACACCAUGUUUGUGAGAAUCUCCCCUUUCCAUAGAGUGGUCAUAAUAGUUUUUAUGUCAAACCGUUCGGUACAGACGUUUUUGUAAGAAGACCAAUUUUUGGGAUGUCUCGUGGUCUGACAAACACCGCACUUGGCUCUGCCAGCUUCCACCGCAGAUGCAGAAGGCGGAGGCGGUGGGUUGAGACUCAUCCAAUGCAAAAAAAUCCUUACACUGAUGGAUUUGUAUGGAUUUUUUUUUGUUAUGUAACUUAGAACAACUCUAGGGGUUUACAACCGGAUAAACUCGUUCCAACUAGUAAAAUGACGUGACCCACAGAAAAUACUAAUGCAUGCGUACAAGGAACUUACAUGUUUUAUUAAGAGCUGAAACAUGACAAUAGCAAGCCUAUCAUCACAGUCAAGAGGCUAUAUUAUUGAACAUUCAUUCAACUACUGAAAUGAAAUAGCCAAUGUAAAAAAAAAAAGCCUAUUGGCAAAUUUUACACAAUCAGCUUUUCCAACAACUGGCAAAAAUAUUGUAGCAUAAAACAAAUGAAUGUAACGGGGGUGUGAGUUGUCUAUUUUCAGAGUGACAACGUUGUCUGUCUUAUACCGUAUUGCCUAUGCACUGGAAUGGCGAAUGGACAUCCCGUGGUUCCUUUUUAAUAUAAGCCAUGCCAGAUAAGCUACUCAGGUUAUAAAACAGUGCAAUCUGCUUGAUAUUACAAGUUGAGAAAUAAAUAUAGUAGCAAUGGAAAGCAGUGAUCCCCCUUUUUUUAAUGGUGACCAUCAAAACUGUUUUCUCACGCGAUUGCAUUUAGAAAUGUUGCGCAAGGACCAGGCUUAAAUAGCAACCAGCUAUUUGAGGAGCUGCGAGCUCUCGCUGCUGACCAGGUGAUGUUCCGCUUAAACUUUGCUCUGUAUGCGGUGGGUGUGUGAUAAUUAAGAUGUAUAGCGAAUUAUACAAAUACACACACUUAUUUAAUUUUACUACAUUAUUCAAAUUCACCUAUAAUCCGACAAGCAUGACUGGUUACAUGUAUUUAGGCGGUUUACAGUUAACAAUUAACAUCCCUAUUUGCAAGCAACAUCCUCUGACGAACCUGAUUAUGCGAAUAAUCUAGAAUCCUCAAAGGAAAUAUCAGCAUUUUCCCACCAGUGGUACAGUGGGGAGAACAAUUAUUUGAUACACUGCCGAUUUUGCAGGUUUUCCUACUUACAAAGCAUGUAGAGAUCUGUAAUUUUUAUCAUAGGUACACUUCAACUGUGAGAGACGGAAUCUAAAACAAAUCCAGAAAAUCACAUUGUAUGAUUUUUAAGUAAUUAAUUUGCAUUUUAUUGCAUGACAAGUAUUUGAUCACCUACCAACCAGUAAGAAUUCCGGCUCUCACAGACCUGUUAGUUUUUCUUUAAGAAGCCCUCCUGUUCUCCACUCAUUACCUGUAACUGCACCUGUUUGAACUCGUUACCUGUAUAAAAGACACCUGUCCACACACUCAAUCAAACAGACUCCAACCUCUCCACAAUGGCCAAGACCAGAGAGCUGUGUAAGGACAUCAGGGAUAAAAUUGUAGACCUGCACAAGGCUGGGAUGGGCUACAGGACAAUAGGCAAGCAGCUUGUUGAGAAUGAAACAACUGUUGGCGCAAUUAUUAGAAAAUGGAAGAAGUUCAAGAUGACGGUCAAUCACCCUCGGUCUGGGGCUCCAUGCAAGAUCUCACCUAGUGGGGCAACAAUGAUCAUGAGGAAGGUGAGGGAUCAGCCCAGAACUACACGGCAGGACCUGGUCAAUGACCUGAAGAGAGCUGGGACCACAGUUUCAAAGAAAACCAUUAGUAACACACUACGCCGUCAUGGAUUAAAAUCCUGCAGCGCACGCAAGGUGCCCCUGCUCAAGCCUGCGCAUGUCCAGGCCCAUCUGAAGUUUGCCAAUGACCAUCUGGAUGAUCCAGAGGAGGAAUGGGAGAAGGUCAUGUGGUCUGAUGAGACAAAAAUAUAGCUUUUUUGUCUAAACUCCACUCGCCGUGUUUGGAGGAGGAAGAAGGAUGAGUACAACCCCAAGAACACCAUCCCAACCGUGAAGCAUGGAGGUGGAAACAUCAUUCUUUGGGGAUGCUUUUCUGCAAAGGGGACAGGACGACUGCACCGUAUUGAGGGGAGGAUGGAAGGGGCCAUGUAUCGCGAGAUCUUGGCCAACAACCUCCUUCCCUCAGUAAGAGCAUUGAAGAUGGGUCGUGGCUGGGUCUUCCAGCAUGACAACGACCCGAAACACACAGCCAGGGCAACUAAGGAGUGGCUCCGUAAGAAGCAUCUCAAGGUCCUGGAGUGGCCUAGCCAGUCUCCAGACCUGAACCCAAUAGAAAAUCUUUGGAGGGAGCUGAAAGUCCGUAUUGCCCAGCGACAGCCCCGAAACCUGAAGGAUCUGGAGAAGGUCUGUAUGGAGGAGUGGGCCAAAAUCCCUGCUGCAGUGUGUGCAAACCUGGUCAAGACCUACAGGAAACGUAUGAUCUCUGUAAUUGCAAACAAAGGUUUCUGUACCAAAUAUUAAGUUCUGCUUUUCUGAUGUAUCAAAUACUUAUGUCAUGCAAUAAAAUGCAAAUUACUUAAAAAUCAUACAAUGUGAUUUUCUGGAUUUUUGUUUUAGUUCCGUCUCUCACAGUUGAAGUGUACCUAUGAUAAAAAUUACAGACCUCUACAUGCUUUGUAAGUAGGAAAACCUGCAAAAUCGGCAGUGUAUCAAAUACUUGUUGUCCCCACUGUAUGUUUCCACCAAAUAAAUUUGUUGCAGAUAAAAAUCAGUGUGUGAUGAUGUAGUGCACACAAUGUACUAUUUCGCUUAAGGUUUCAUGUACCGAAUAAAAAUCUGAAGUUCAAUGUGUUUCCAUCGCAUUUUCAACUCUACCGAUUUUAGUUUUGUCACAAACUGUUGCGUUAAAUAGCAAAUGUGCCUGCUCUGGUCUUGGCACCUGCGUUCUAGCCAACAGCUCACAGGUAGGCUGUGCGGAUUGGCUAGUCUACAUGAGAUUAUUAUGGAUAAGAGCGAAAAUAUUUUUUAUUUGUCAAGCAUCGAUCAUGUCACCAGAAUAAGACCCUUGAUUUAAUGGAAAACAGCAUCAAGCUCAUCACUGUGCACUUUCACCACCCUGUGGAGUUCAUCAUCAUCAUUUACUUAAUCCGUAGUUUAAUUUGAACUGCAUGGAUUUCUGAGUCAUAGUGGGAGGACCACACCAUAUCAUCGCGUGACUCCAAAUUUACUUCGAUAUAAUGGUUAUUUUAUCAAUAUUUGCGUAUAAAGGCAUUUCCACUGCCAUUUACCGCGUACUUUAAUUUGACUGACACAAAAAGACCCCACCAUGACGAACAACCAAAUCAUCAUGACUUUACUCGCAUAAAAACUGUGGAUGGAAAUCUGGUUACUGAAUCAUAUUUUUUGUUCUAGUAGUUUGAUUGUUGCUGUGAUUUACUUUCUCUCCUUUAUCCCCUCUCCUGUGUAGCCCCAGCAGAGGGAGGAUGAGGAUGAGCGCGCCGCUCUUCUCUCCAUGACCCCCCCCUCCUCUAUGGUCGUGCUCCAGAGCAAAAUGUCCCAGAUCCUCCACAACCGCCAAUCACAGGACCAGGCCCGCCCACAGAGCCCCUCCCGGCCCGCUAACCCCGACUCCGCCUCCACGGGCAACCUAGCCGACCUCAUGAAGAGACUACAGAAGAUCAAGGGCAACCAACAAUGAAUUAGCUGGGUGCCUGGGACGGUUUCUGCUCUUGCCAACUCCUUAUGAAAUUGUCAUGACAAACAUCACGUUUGGCUUGAUGAUGACAAAAUAGUUCAAUAAGGGUGCAAUCGUCAAAAAACAAAUGGCUGCUCUCUUUCUCAUGGGAUGCUGGUGGCGUAAAGGACAAAUGCACAUAGUAUAAAUGGAGUGUUUGAGAGGUGUAUGCAAUCAGUCAUUCCCGAUGAAGUUGAGGGGUGUGUGAUGUAAUGUUUGUAUGGA